UUAAUUGUCAGUUUGACAAACUGAGAUGAAUGUUAGAAAAUAUUUUUAAUAAUAUUGCUAUGAAGCGUUUAAAGUUAAAGAGAAAGCAUUUAUGGAAGUUUUACGUAUUUCCUUUGAUAUUCUUUACAACAGUCACAUGUUAUCCGACAACAAAACCUGAAGUAGAAACACCUGAAGUUCGGGAUGAGAAGCAUUUUCCUAAUGGAACAGUAAUUGGUAGAUAUACGUAUAUGGAUAAUGAGGGCAACCCAAUACAAGUGAAGUACUACGCUGAUGACGCGAGCUAUGGGGUUGAAUUAAAAAGCAUUAAAGUUGUAGAUUCAGAGCAUGAACCACUGCCACUACCUACAAAGGUUCAUAGUACUCAUGUUGCUCAAAAAGAGAAUCAUGCUCAGAAAAAUCCAAACAGAUUUGAUUAUACUGUAUUAAAAAGUACGGAUCCUGAUACAAAAAUGUCUACAGAUUUCAACCCUAACUUUCCCAGUGCACAGACUGGAUAUCCAACGGGAUACCAAACUGGAUACCCGACGGGAUAUCAAACUGGAUACCCGACGGGAUACCAACCUGGAUACCCAACGGGAUACCAAACUGGCUACCCAACGGGGUCUCAGAAUCAGAAUGGAUAUCCGGCUGGAUACAAGUACAAAAAUGACCCAUUCGACUUUUUGAAAGAUGUUAAUAAAGCCAAUCAUUAUAAAGUCGAAAAAGAAAAACCAAAUCCUGAUUAUGACAUAUUCUAUCAAAAUGAAUUAAGAGGAGCUAAGAAAUGUAGUAAGCAAAAAGUCAGAGUGUAUUACGAUGAGAAUGAAGCUAAUAGGAAACUGCGUAGUGCAGUACAAGUUAAUACAUAUAAUGAUGCUGAUAAGUUUUGUGAACAAUUCUAGUAAGUUAAUUUUAAUGU